AUGACGCAGAAUCACGCACUCAUCUAUGGCGCCAGCGGCAUUACUGGCUGGUCCAUCACAAAUGCCCUGCUCGAGGGGUACCCGUCCAAAGACGCCUUUGCCUCGGUCACGGCCCUGACGAAUCGACCGUUGGACCCCGAUGCCGCGUUUUGGCCAAAAUCGGAAAAGCUCCAGAUUGCCAGUGGCGUCGACAUCUUGACCUCGAAAGGGCAAGACGGGCUCGAAGUAGACCUCAAAGCCAAAGUCAAGAAUAUCGCCAACAUCAGCCAUGUCUACUUCUUUGCCUACAUCAUGGACACCGAUCCGGCGAAAGAGUGCUCGAUCAACAAGGAACUCAUCAAGCGCGCCGUCUCCGCCGUCGAGAACCUCUCCCAGAGUCUCAAAUUCGUCGUCCUGCCGACCGGAACCAAGGCAUACGGCGUGCACCUUCUGGACGAGAACUUUCCCUUUAAGAAUGACCUGCCCCUGCGAGAAUCACUGCCGCGCAUCCCCGAGCCGUACGCCUCGCAGAUGUUCUACUACGACCAGACGGACAUGCUCUUCGAGAUGGCCAAGGGCAAGUCGUGGACCUGGUGCGAGGUGAUCCCAGACAACAUCAUCGGCUUCGUGCCCAACAACAACAUCUACUGCCUCGCGCAGACGGUGGGCACGUACCUGGCGCUCUACGCCGAGCUCGAAGGCAAGGGCGCCGAGGUCCCGUUCCCCGGCACGGAGCGGUCGUGGCGCAACCUCAGCAACGAGAGCAACCAGGACAUCGUGGCCAGGGUCUGCAUCUACGCGUCGCUGCACCCUGAGACGACGGCCGAGCAGCGGUACAACGCAACGGACAACUCGCAGCCAUCGUCUUGGAGCGAGAAGUGGCCCGUCAUCUGCGAGUACUUUGGCCUCAAGGGCACGGCACCGCCCCCGGGCGGCUCAGGGCCGCAGCCCGCCCAGUAUCUUGCGGAGCACUUUGACGACUGGAAGGCGCUGGAAGAAAAAUACGGCCUGGUCAGUGGGAGGGUGGGCAAUGAUCGCAGUUUCGGGCCUUUUGCCUACUUCAUCAUCACCAUGCUCGACUUUGAUCGACAGAUGGACCUGAGCAAGUGUCAUGAGAUGUGGGGGUCUGCAAAGGAGGAGAUUGAUACCAAGACCUCGUGGUGGACGACGCUGGACCGGUUCCGCAAGGCCAAGAUCAUCCCGUGA